UUUGCUUUUCAUCUUUUUUUUUUUUUAAUCUUUCGUCGUUGCUGUUUGGCUUGCUUGCUUCCCAGGAGGUGUAAGAUUGCACGAGUGGCUUCUUCGGCUCCUUCGUUGUUGUUCGGCUUAGCUCCUUCGACGACGUUCCCUUUUCCUGUCCAAUAAGAAGUUACGACAUUUUUAUCGGAAGGGUGCUCGCUCGCUGUGAAGGUACCUGAUCACAAGGAAUGGGGAAAGAGGGUGCUAGAAAGGCUGGUUCAAUCUUCAUCAGGUUGGUUUCUGCUGCUGGAACUGGUUUUUUCUACGUAAAACGCAAGAACCCAAGGAGAAUCACUGAGAAACUCGAGUUUCGAAAAUAUGAUCCGAGAGUGAAUCGACAUGUUCUUUUCACAGAGGCGAAGAUGAAGUGAAUGGUCGCCUGGAACUGUUUAAAUAAAUGUUUCUGUUAGUUUGAAUGUUCUGCUACUGAGCUAUUUUAUACUAGUCAAUGGAAGAGGUACUUAUAAGGUAACUGAUAUUCUUCAUACCUCUGCUUUGCUUGAACUAUGAACUUCAUUGCUCUAUUUUGUUUCUUUUAGGUUGCAGUAAGCUUUAUUACAGAGCAGAGUUUUUUUUU